AGAACAUAUAACUUUACAAUGAAAAGAAGACAGAGAUAAUCAAGUCAUGAGUAAGAGUCACUUAAAUUAUUCAUUUAAUCCACUAAUCAAUUCGACUACAUAUUAUAAAAAUCUUGAAAAAGGGAUUCGAAUUGAAGUAACUUAAAACCGUUUUUUAACAGUUAAGCUAAAUUUCGAAAAAGCCAUAUUUUUCGCUCUAAAUCUCAUCAGCCUCGUUUUCAUUCUCUCGCUAUAUAUACGCGUGUGUGAACGAGCCGUACCCUCAAGCGAACACGAUUACAAGAAUGGCUUCUCCUUUCUACUUUGUGUUCCUUCUCUCUGUGCUUCUACUCGAACAAACCUAUGCCAGUCCCAAUUACAGAGAAGCACUCUCAAAGUCGUUGCUCUUUUUCCAAGGUCAGCGUUCUGGUCGCCUCCCUGGUGACCAAAAACUCUCAUGGAGAUUCAGCUCUGGCCUCUCUGAUGGCUCUUCCGCUCAUGUGGACUUGACUGGAGGCUACUAUGAUGCUGGGGACAAUGUGAAGUUCAAUUUCCCUAUGGCGUUCACCACCACGAUGCUCUCCUGGAGCUCUUUGGAGUACGGUAAGAAGAUGGGAUCUGAACUCCAGAACUCUCGUGUGGCCAUCCGUUGGGCCACUGACUAUCUACUGAAAUGCGCCAGGGCCACUCCCGGGAAGCUUUACGUUGGAGUAGGAGACCCUAAUGGUGAUCACAAGUGCUGGGAACGUCCAGAAGAUAUGGACACUCCUCGCACAGUCUACUCUGUAUCCCCAUCAAACCCUGGCUCUGAUGUAGCCGCAGAAACUGCUGCUGCUCUAGCUGCAAGCUCCAUGGUUUUCAGGAAAGUUGAUCCCAAGUACGCUCGCUUGCUCCUGGCGACAGCAAAGAAGGUCAUGCUGUUUGCCAUUCAAUACCGAGGCGCUUACAGUAAUUCCCUUUCCUCUUCCGUCUGCCCUUUCUACUGCUCAUACUCUGGCUACAAGGACGAGCUGAUGUGGGGAGCGGCAUGGCUGCAUAGAGCAACCAACGACCCGUACUACACAAACUUCAUAAAAUCCUUAGGAGGUGGAGAUCAGACAGACAUCUUCAGUUGGGACAAUAAGUACGCCGGCGCAUAUGUUCUUCUCUCACGAGUAUGUUGUCCAUCUCAACCCAUUAAAAUUCAUAGACACAAUUUAGCAUCACCAUUCACAAACACAUUUCUUUGGCAGCGAGCAGUACUAAACAAAGACAACAACUUUGAGCCCUACAAGCAAGCAGCUGAGAAUUUCAUAUGCAAGAUCCUUUCUAAUUCUCCCUCCUCGUCCACAAAAUACACUCCAGGUGGAUUGAUGUACAAAUUACCUCAGAGCAAUCUACAAUACGUGACAUCGAUAACAUUCUUGCUAACGACCUACGCCAAAUACAUGAAAUCAGCGAAACAAACCUUCAACUGCGGGAACUCAGUCAUCGUCCCCAACGCACUUAUUAAUUUAUCGAGGCGACAAGUCGAUUACAUCCUCGGUGUGAAUCCAAUGAAGAUGUCGUACAUGGUUGGAUUCGGAUCCAAUUUCCCCAGAAGAAUCCACCACAGAGGCUCUUCUCUCCCGAGCCGAGCCGUCCGUUCAAACUCUCUGGGAUGCAACGGCGGGUUUCAAUCUUUCCGAACACAGAACCCUAACCCUAACAUACUAACGGGAGCAAUCGUAGGAGGACCGAAUCAAAAGGACGAGUACACAGAUCAGAGAGAUGAUUACGCUCGAUCAGAGCCAGCUACUUACAUAAACGCCGCAUUCGUCGGACCAUUGGCGUAUUUCGCCGGCGGCCGGUCGCCGUGAAAUCGCCGCCACGUCUCACCUUUUUUUUUUCAAUUUUGAUCAUUUUGGUCAAAGUUCGUUAGAUAAACCGGUUUGGUCUAAACCCUUACUUACCGUGUAAAUGGGUAAGGCUAUUUCAGAUGUAAAAUCUA